AGAAGAGAAAAAGAAAAGCACUAACUGGUUUUCACUUAACAAGUUUAUCGGUUCCCUCCUCCUUUAGUGGCGCUAUAUUUGGAACCUCUCCCUCACGUACUUCCCCACUCCUAACAGUCACUCACCUCUCUCUACUACAAAUUAAAGCAAAAACCAAAUCUCCAAGCCGAAUUGAUUGCAUAAACUUCAACAGAUUAACUGAAAAUAUGUUCUCUCUUCUAAUAUUCCUUUUGGCCUCUUUCUCCUCUACAAAUGGAGAGCAACUGAUUAUAGUAAACAACUGCAACGAAAGUAUAUGGCCAGGAAUGCUAGGAGGAGCUGGACAUCCAACUCCAAAAGACGGAGGUUUCCACCUCGGCAGCGGUGAGGAAGUAGUGGUGGAUUUACCCCAGAAAUGGUCAGGGCGGUUAUGGGGUAGACAAGGAUGUUACUUUGACAAAAAUGGAAAAGGGUCAUGUGAUACAGGAGAUUGUUCAGGUUUACUCCAUUGCCAAGGCAUUGGAGGAGCGCCACCAGCAACAAUGGUAGAGAUGACAUUAGGGUCAUAUUCUUCUCCGCUACAUUUUUAUGAUGUGAGUUUAGUUGAUGGGUUUAAUUUGCCAGUUUCAAUGGCACCAGUUGGAGGUGGAAUUGGAUGUGGAGUUGCUUCCUGUGAGGUUGAUUUGAAUAUUUGUUGUCCUUCUGCUCUGGAAGUUAGAAAAAGAGAUGGGAAAAUUGUUGGGUGCAAAAGUGCUUGUUUGGCUAUGCAAUCAGCUAGGUAUUGUUGCACAGGAGAUUAUUCUAAUCCAAAGACUUGUAAACCUACCCUUUUUGCUCAUCUUUUCAAGGCUAUCUGCCCUAGGGCUUAUAGUUAUGCUUUUGAUGACUCUACUAGUCUUAACAAGUGCAGAGCAUCAAGGUAUGUUAUUACUUUUUGCCCUCCUAAAUGAGGAGUUGUAGUACUUAAAGGGAAUAGCACAAGAGUGUCUGUUAUUAGCUAUGAAGUUAUAUUGUGUGUUUUUAUCCCUUAGUUUACUGUUGAGUUGUGAAUUUUGAUGUUGAUGACAAAUGGAGGAUGGUUUAAAUGCAUAAAGUGUAGCUUCUUAUUACUCUGAUGGUCCUUUAUGAAAUAGCCGAGUUUCAAUUAUGCUUAA